CGCUGGAGCAAUGAUCACAAGAUGGCCGCCCCGUCAUAGCACCAUCGCCGCCGGCGCCGCCCUCGGGCUCGCUGCUGCUGCUGCCCGACCUCACCAUCUCUCUAUACCGCGCUCACCACCAUCGCCAUCGCCAUCGCCAUCGCCAUCGCCAUCGCCAUCCCGCCGCCCCCUAUCGACCAACCUCCCACCUCGGCGCGACGGCCUCAACGCUGCUGCCCCACCCGACCCUCGCAUGCCCGACCUCGGCCGCCAAAUCGCCGACGACUACGCCUCCAUCCGCGACACCUACGCUACGCCGCGGCACCCCAUCGUCCUCGCCCACGGCCUGCUGGGCUUCUCUGAGCUCUCCGUGUCCGCCCUCCUGCCGCCCCUCCAGUACUGGCACGGCAUCCGCCAGGCCCUCACCGCGCAGGGCUGCCCCCUCGUCGUCGCCGCCAGCGUCCCGCCCUCGGGCUCCAUCGAGGAGCGAGCCGCCAAGCUCGCCGCCGAGAUCUCCUCGGCACUGUCCUCCCACUCCUGCUCCGCCUCCGCCCCCGCCUCGUCCUCGACGUCAACGACGACGACGACAGUGGGGCAGCAGUCCGUCACCACCAGCGAUGACACCCGCACGCCCGUCAACAUCAUCGCCCACAGCAUGGGCGGCCUCGACGCCCGGCACCUCAUCUCCAACAUCCUCCCACCCUCAUCACCAUCCUCGUCCUCGUCCUCGUCCUCCUCGUCGCCGCCACAGCACAACUUCCGCGUCGCCUCCCUCGUCACCAUCUCCACCCCCCACCGCGGCAGCCCCUUCGCCGACUACGUCCUGAGCGACGCCCGCCGCCGCUCCCCGCUCCACCUCCCGCGCUUCUACUCCCUCCUCCGCGCCGCCGGCCUCGGCACCAGCGCCUUCGCCCAGCUCGGCACCCGCUACCUCGCCGACCACUUCAACCCCGCCAACCCCGACGACCCUGCCGUGCGCUACUUCUCGUACGGGGCGGCCCUGCACGCCGCCCAGCUGCCGCUGCUGAGCCCCUUUCGCCUCUCCCACGGCGUCAUCAGGGAGGCUGAGGGCGCCAACGACGGGCUCGUCAGCGUUGAGAGCAGUCGCUGGGGCGAGUACAAGGGCACCCUGCUGGGCGUGAGCCAUCUCGACCUUAUCAAUUGGCCCAACAAGGUGCGGUGGACCGUGCGCGAAUGGAUGGGCAUCAAGAGGAACUUUAAUGCCGUGGCCUUUUACCUCGACAUUGCUGAUAUGCUGGCCAAGGAAGGCUUCUGA